AGUAUUGCGUGCGUCGUUCCCCCUUUGUCCUCUCGUCACCGACGGCCGGAGAAGUGGUCUUCCGCGACCCCAUCGUUGACGUCCACCACCUCCCUGUUCCGCUUGGAGAUCGGAAAUCGACCCGCGCGUCACCUACGGCACCGCCACCUCUGAAAACGAAUUUAGGCCAAGGCCAUCUGAGGACUGUGUACGAGGAGGACGGCCGUCUCUUCCGAAGAUUGAGAAUAGAAAAUGGGCGGAACUAAUGCUGAAGUAGUUCAGGAAGCCGCUCAUGAUAUGAAAAAGUUGGACAUUGCAGAAAAUGAAACAACCCAAGAAACUGCAGCUAAAGAAAUUAGAGAAUCAAAGCUUUCGAACAGCAAUGGUACGGUGAUGGUCUCUCAAACUCCACAAAAUGAUGAUGAAGUGGCACAAACUGAUGGUACAACAUUAGAUGGAUUGGCAGAAUCUGCAAAGAAAAAGAAGAAGAAAAGCAGAGCCAAGAAGAAGAAGGAGCCCCUUGAGCAGACUGACCCACCAACGAUUCCCGUAGAUGAACUUUUCCCUUCAGCCGAGUUUCCUGAGGGUGAAAUCCAGCAGUACAAGGAUGAUAACCUAUGGAGGAUGACCUCUGAAGAGAAGAGAGAACUUGAACGGCUACAAAAACCUAUGUACAACACGAUUCGCCGAGCUGCAGAAGUUCAUAGGCAGGUCCGAAAAUAUAUGAGGAGUAUUUUGAAGCCUGGAAUGUUAAUGAUUGACCUAUGUGAAACCUUGGAGAAUAUGGUAAGGCGACUGAUCAAAGAGAAUGGUCUCCAAGCAGGCAUUGCCUUUCCAACUGGAUGUUCUCUUAACUGGGUCGCAGCCCACUGGACUCCAAAUUCUGGCGAUAGAACUGUACUUCAGUAUGAUGAUGUGAUGAAGUUAGAUUUUGGAACACAUGUUGAUGGACAUAUAGUUGACUGCGCAUUUACAGUGGCAUUUAAUCCCAUGUUUAAUCCACUUCUAGAAGCUUCUAGAGAAGCUACAAACACUGGAGUUAAAGAAGCUGGGAUAGAUGUACGGCUGUGUGAUGUUGGUGCUGCAAUCCAAGAGGUCAUGGAAUCCUAUGAGGUUGAAAUCAAUGGCAAAGUGUUUCAAGUUAAAAGUGUGCGAAACUUGAAUGGCCACAGCAUUGGCCCAUACCAAAUUCAUGCUGGAAAGUCCGUUCCAAUUGUCAAGGGUGGAGAGCAAACAAAAAUGGAGGAGGGAGAAUUUUUUGCAAUUGAAACAUUUGCAUCAACAGGGAAGGGCUACGUCAGAGAGGACUUGGAGUGCAGCCAUUACAUGAAAAACUUUGAUGUAGGACACAUUCCGUUAAGGUUGCCUCGUGCAAAGCAACUUCUUGCUACAAUCAACAAACAAUUUUCAACACUGGCCUUUUGCCGCCGUUAUUUAGACCGUCUGGGAGAGACCAAGUAUCUUAUGGCACUGAAAAACUUGUGCGAUGCUGGUAUAGUGCAGCCGUAUCCGCCUCUGUGUGAUGUGAAGGGAAGCUAUGUAUCACAGUUCGAGCAUACCAUCUUGCUUCGGCCAACAUGUAAAGAAGUCAUAUCACGAGGCGAUGACUACUGAGGAUCAUAGAAGCUGGUUUCCGUCUAUUAAGUCUUGUCAAUUCUGCAAUCUGGACUCUCUAUUUCCAUGCCCAAAUUAGAUGCUUAUGUACCACACAUUGCUGCUGAUAUGUUGCGAGUCAUGUAAGAAUAUUUUGCUCAGCCUUGCUCAAACAAUUUCAUCUUUGUUUGGCUUUUGCAAGUCGCUUGUUGAUAUCUACUUUCCCGUUAUAUCAAAGAAGAUUUCAUGUGCA